UCUGUAAUGAAUGGCAUGAAGUGAAAGUAACCUACAGAGCUGAUGCUGCAUGUGUGCAGACGGUGUCCGGGGCUGGUGCUCGGUGCAUGGCGUUUAUGGGGGUUAACCUGUGUGAAUCUGUAACUGUAUAGGUUCAGCCACAGUGUGAACACAGGCCAGGUGUGCCAGGGACUUGUAGUUCUUGUUCUGCAGUGACUUCAGCAAUGUCUUCUAAGAAAGGAGAAAAGAAGAAGCGGGCCCAUAUACUGCAGCCUGAGGAGGGCUCCACCGAGUUCACCAUGUUCAGUCUGAUGACCGAACUGCACGCCAGAGGCAUAGAAGAUGGUGCAUACCGGUGGUGCCUGCAAGAGAAAGCCGAUCCCAAGAAGACCGUCAUUGUCAACUUCAUCCCAGCGGACAUGCCCGAUGGGGUGAUAUGUUCUGUGGUGGCCAGAGCCUUGAAUCGGGGACUGGUAAGAAUUGUGGACUUUAUCAAAUCAGAUGCAAUGGCUUAUCAGUCCGUUCUUAUAGAGGCAGAAGGGGAAAUAGGGGAGAAUUCUUGCCCAACGCUUAUCAGCUGUGAUGACUGCCCAUUGGGGUACUGGAUAAUGGCGGCUCCUGUAGAAGAUAAGGAAGUGAAGUCCACAGAUCCAAUAGAAGAGCUUAAUGCAAACAAGCCUCUCCCUGCAAGUAAUUCCUUACCCACAAGGGACGCUCCCUCUGCAAAGAGCAUGUCUGCUGCAAAAGAUGCUACCCCUACAGCAAAGGUUGCCCCCCCUGCAAAGGGCACGUCUGCUGCAAAAGAUGCUACCCCUACGGCAAAGGAUGCCCUCCCUGCAAAGAGCACGUCUGCUGCAAAAGAUGCUACCCCUACGGCAAAGGAUGCCCUCCCUGCAAAGGGCACGUCUGCUGCAAAAGAUGCUACCACUACAGCAAAGGAUGCCCUCCCUGCAAAGGGCAGGUCUGCUGCAAAAGAUGCUACCCCUACAGCAAAGGAUGCCCUCCCUGCAAAGGGCACGUCUGCUGCAAAAGAUGCUACCCCUACAGCAAAGGAUGCCCUCCCUGCAAAGGGCAGGUCUGCUGCAAAAGAUGCUACCCCUACAGCAAAGGAUGCCCUCCCUGCAAAGGGCACGUCUGCUGCAAAAGAUGCUACCCCUACAGCAAAGGACACCCCGGCUGCUAAGCAUUCCCCCCCUGCAAAUGGCACAUCUGUUGCAAAGGAUACUCCCCCUGCAAAAAGAACCCCUGCUGCAAAGGAUGUUCCCUCCACCGCAAAGGACUCUACCCCUGCACAGGGCACAUCUGCUGUGAAGGAUGUCCCCUAUGCAAAUUGCACCCCUGCUGUAAAGGAUGCUACCCCUUCCAAGAUCACCCUUACGGCAAAGGAUACUCCCCCUCCAAAGGGCACCCCUGCUGUUAAGGAUGCUCACCUAGCAAAGAGCACCCCAGCUGCUAAGGAUGCCAUCUCCACCCCUGCUGCAAACAAUGCUAUCUCUCCAAAGGGACCACCUGCAGGAAAUAAUACCCCGGCUGUUCGCCCCCCCAAGGGCACCACUGCCACAAAGGAUUCUCCCCAGGGAAAGUGCACCCCUGCUGCUAAAGACCCUUUCUUGGCAAAUGGCACCCCUUCCGCAAAGGACCCUACCUCCGGAAAGUGCACCCCUGCAACAAAAACCCCUCCCAAUGCAAAGGGCACCCUUCCCAUAAAGGACUCUUCCCCCACAAAGGGCACCACUGCCGCAAAGGAUCCUCCCCCUAGAAAGGGCACACCUGCCCCAAAGAACAAUCCUCCUGGGAAGAGCAUCACCCCUGCAAAUGUCACCCCCGCCGCUAAGGUCACCUCCACUGCAAAGGGCACCUUUGCAUCCAAGAACUCUUCGUCUGCCAAGAAUGCUGCUGCUGCCAAAGACUCUGCCUUUGUAAGUGAUGACCUGUCCUCUAAGGUGUCUCCAGCCACUAAGAGCAGUGGUCUUAAAGAGGAUCUCCAGACUGCUAAAGGUGGUCUCCCUGUGAGCGUGAUUAUUUCUGCAGAGGACUUGGUGAAGAUGCGCUCACAAAACUUACCAGCAAAGGGUCUCCCAGCUGUGACAAAGCCUUCCCCUGAGAAAGACCCGGCAGUGGAAAUAAAUUCAGACAUAAACCUACUUCAUAGGCCAAUAAACGGGGACAGUGUGCAGACAGAAAGUUCUGGAAGAGUGUUAAUAAAGCCAAAUCCUAUUCCAAAUUUUACAAAUCCUGGUCGGCCUAUGUUCCCUGCUAUGAACUUACCCGAGCCGGAGAUAAAAGCAGGAUCUGAUGUUUGGGGAGGAUUUUCUAUGGAGAGACAAAUACGGAGAGAAGAUAUUGAGAAGGGCUUGCAGUUUAUUCAAUCUACCAUCCCAUUUCAUGGAACUGAAGAUGAUUACAAGCGUUUCCUACAAAAGCUGGUUGAGGACCUGUUUACAGAGGGCAAUGCGCUGCACCGUGAAGGGGAAGUGAAGCUGGCUUUAGGGCAGUAUACUGAAGGACUGACUGUAGCUGACUAUGCAGCAUCUGAGGAACUUGUCCUAUCUCAAGAACUGCUGUGCAGACUACUUGUGAACCGAUCCUGUUGCUAUUUUUCCAUGGGUCUCUUUGAAAAGUCACUGGAAGACAGUGAGAAAGCUUUGAGUUUAGACAAGGAGAACACAAAGGCUUUGUACCGUAAAGCCAAAGCUUUGGACAAACUUGGGAAGCACCAAGAAGCCUAUGGCUGUAUCAGCCACAGGAUAUUGACACUAGUACAGGAUGAGAGUGUAACAGAACUUGCCCAGGAGCUUGUACAAAAACUGGGCUUAAAGCAGCGCAGAGCAUACAAAAGACCGCAGCAGGAGCUUGAGACAUUUGGCUUAAUGACAAAUGGAGUUUCUGCAGCAGGAAGCUGUAAGACUUCCAACGGUACAGGAUCGGUGGAUGACAUUUAUACAGAUAUACCGAACUCUAAAGUAUUCCCGUCUAGUCUGGGCAUCGGCUAUCAGAACGAUAGCCUGGUACCUGCCGCAUGUUCUCCGCCAGUGGCUCCUGCAGCCAACAAUGUGAAUGACUUUAAUGACUGUGACGUUAUUGGGGAUGAGCUGGACUCUUUCCUGGAUUUGGAGAUGGCUUCCAAACAGGUUCCCCAGCUAAUACCAGUAUUUCCCACUGGAAACCCACUGCUUUCUAGCUUGGGCACAACAGGCCUACCUGCACCGUCCCCUCUACCUCCAGCUUCUUUUGGUUUGCUGGAUUCUCGAAAACCACCAGUAGUAGCUUUAAAGCCUGUAUUCACUCCAUGUUUGGAUGCACUGGACAGCUUUGACACCGUGCGGGAGACACUGGACAGUCUGGACACCUUAGGUAAUGAUACCAAACACGUGGAGCCUGUACUAUCGAAAGCAAACCACAAGCAAAAGCCUACAGUGAACACUGUAAACCACUUGUUUGCACAUAAGAUGGAUCCUUUACUGACCCACAUUGCAGCAAUGCCACCCCUAUUGCCAAACCCCCUUGCACAAACCUAUGACUUCAAACAAGGCUGCCAACUGUGUUAUGUGAGGACAGGCCCCAAGGCGCUUGACUUCACCUACAAAGAAAAAUUAGAGCACAAGUGUAAAAAAGACAUUUUAUUAGCACGAAUGAAGAGCUCUGAAAACAAAGCGUGGUUAAAGAUUCGGCCACGGCCAAUGAAAGUCAAUUUUACCGGUCCUUACAUGUUGUGCAAAGACAUCCAGAGUCGACAGGACUGUAAAUACGGCGAUAACUGCACAUUUGCCUAUUAUCAGGAGGAAAUUGACGUGUGGAAUGAGGAGCGAAAAGGAGCCCUGCAUAGAGAUCAGCUUUUUCAGCUGCCGGGAUUGGUGAAGCCAGGAAGUGUAUCCCGGUUAUUACAUGAACAGAAGGGGAUCUUUACCUUUUUAUGCCAGGCUUGUUUUGACAGCAAACCCCAGAUAAUCAGCAAAAGAAAUCCAGAAAACCCAGAUGUCUGCACUAAUCCCAGUAACCAACACAGUUUCUCUAAACACAAGUGUCUUGUCCAUGUGUUAAACUCCAGCACAGUCAGAUAUUGCAAAAUUCGGCCAAAUCAUUCUCGCUUCCAGAUGGAUGUAUGCCGCCAUGAGGUCCGUUAUGGUUGUCAUCAGGAAGAUGCUUGUAAUUUUGCGCACAGCCACGUUGAGCUGUGUGUUUGGAUGCUACAAAGACAAUCAGGUGUUACCCAAGAAGAAAUUGUUCUUGAAUCGGAGCGCAUGUGGAAAGUAGCUGAACCAAAAUCCAAGCCUCCUCCCAAACCACUGGAUAUGAAGAUGAAGUUUGUCUGCGGGCAGUGCUUGCGCAAUGGUCGAGAGAUUGAGGCAGAUCGUGAUGGAAAGUACUGCGCUGCCAAAGCAAGACAUAGCUGGACAAAAGACAAGCGAGUGUUGUUGGUGAUGUCAAAGACGAAAAAAAAAUGGGUUCCCAUCAGACCCCUUCCAUCCAUUCGCUCUUUUCCACAGCAGUAUGAGAUCUGCGUCCAUGUGCAAAAGGGCAAGAAAUGUCAGUAUAUUGGAAACUGCACCUUUGCGCACAACACUGAGGAAAGAGACAUCUGGACAUUUAUGAAGGAGAACAAAGUCCUAGAUCUACAGCUGGUCUUCGAUUUAUGUAAUAAGAACAACGCCCUGGCGGAGAAGCCUGGAAAGACGACAACAACAUCUGGAACUCAGAAAGAAGCCGAAAAGCAGAUUGUCAUGCCAACAGAUUAUGCAGAUCUUAUGGCUGGUUUUCACUGCUAUCUCUGUGGCAAGAACAGCAACAGUGAGAGGCAAUGGCAGAAACACAUCCAGUCUGAGAAGCAUAAGGAUCGUGUGUUCACCUUGGAAGGUGAAGAUAGUUCCUGGAAAUAUCGCUUUCCAGCCGGAGAGUUCAAGCUCUGUGAAAGGUAUGAGGAGACACAGAAUUGCCCGCACGAAAACAAUUGCCCCUUUGCUCACGGAAGAGAAGAACUGGCAGAGUGGCACGAGCGCAGGAAAGUCUUGCAGUACAAAGUUUCCAAAGCCCGUGAAGACAAGUUACUGGAGCCCAGCGACUCUGACUUUGGCAAAUUCUCCUUCAUUAUGCAAGAUCUGGCAGAAGGCUCUGAAGAGAAGGGGACGGCGGCAGCAUCACCGUGAGAAGUGUUUACAUCACCCAUACAAGACAUGGGAUGUGGAUUGGAUUUGUAAAGCUGGAUUGCUACCAUGACAGUCUGUCAGUAAAUCUAGGUCACCACUUCAUCCCACUUUAUACAUUGACAAGUAUUAGUUCGCCCAAAACAAUUAUUGCAAUGAAAAAGUCUCCAGGACGUGAAGCUUUCUCUGUAUGUAUUAUCAGUCCUGACGUUUUCACCGUUGUCUUGGGUGUCGCAUCUCCAGAUAUUUCACAUUAUGGCCCCAUAAAUGAUAGAGAAUAAUUGUUAGUUCCCUUUACCCACUGCAUCAUACAUAUAUAUAUAUAUAUAUAUAUAUAUAUAUAUAUAUAUAUAUAUAUAUAUAUAUAUAUAGGUAACAUUUGGUAGUGGAACAUUCUUACUACUGUGUUAUCUCUGUGACUGCCAAAAUGAAAUGCCUUAAUCCUAUAGAAUUCAAGGUAUUAAACGGUGUUGUUUUGUUAUGAGCGGAGUUUAAGAUUGCACAAGGUCCAGUUUGGGUUUUUGUUUGCAUUGGAAUGGUCCAUUAUGCUUGUCUUCUGCCUUGUUUGACAGAUAACUCUGUCAUCUCUCAUUAAAGGGGUACUCCGGUGAAAACCUUUUUUCUUUUAAAUCAACUGGUGGCAGAAAGUUAACCAUAUUU